UUUUAUUUUUUGUCCCGUGACGUCAUCACGUCGCGCCGACGCCGUUGGACUGUGAAGCGGACUUUAGCACUCGGGCGGUGAAAAGACGCCAGAAAAGCCAAAAUACUGCACUUUAUGAAGAUGGCCGUCACCCAGGUGUCCUCCAACAGGUGUGCGGGUGGCUUCCAGAAGGUCUUCGAGCAUGACAGCACCGAGCUCAAGUGCAAGAUGAAGUUCGCCGUCUUCCUGCCGCCGAAGGCCGAGACAGACAAAUGUCCCGUCAUGUACUGGCUCUCAGGCUUGACCUGCACCGAACAGAACUUCAUCACCAAGGCGGGGAGUCAGCUGGAGGCGGCGGCGAACGGCCUGAUCAUCGUGGCGCCGGACACCAGCCCACGCGGCUGCAACAUCGAGGGCGAGGACGAGAGUUGGGACUUCGGCACCGGAGCAGGUUUCUACGUGGACGCCACCCAGGACCCCUGGAAGAAGAACUACCGCAUGUACUCCUACGUCACCAAGGAGCUGCCCGCGCUGAUCCAGGCCAACUUCCCCGCCGACCCCGACAGGAUGUCCAUCAGCGGUCACUCCAUGGGCGGCCACGGGGCGCUCAUCUGUGCCCUCAAGAACCCCGGGAAGUACAAGACCGUGUCGGCCUUCGCCCCCAUCUGCAACCCCAUGCAGUGCCCCUGGGGCCAGAAGGCCUUCGCCGGGUACCUGGGUCCUGACCGCGCCACCUGGGAGGCGUACGACGCCACCGCGCUGGCGGCCUCGUACUCGGGCCCCCAGCUGGACAUCCUCAUCGACCAGGGCCGCGACGACCAGUUCGGGUCGGCCGGGCAGCUGCUGCCCGACAACCUGAUCGCCGCCUGCUCCGAGAAGAAGAUCCCCGUGGUGUUCAGGCUGCAGAAGGGCUACGACCACAGCUACUUCUUCAUCUACUCCUUCAUCAACGAGCACAUCAAGCACCACGCCAACUUCCUCAACGCAUAAAAGGUGCCUUACUUUCACAAUAAAAGUUCACUGCUUGGUU